AUGUCCACCGACAUUGCACAUUCCUAUCCUAUCUCCUCAAGCAAAUUUACUGUAGCUCUCUGUGUGUUAAAUCAGUGGGCACUUGACUUUACUGGAAAUACUGAACGAAUUAUCGAAAGUAUUAAAACUUCCAAACGGCUGCAAGCUAAAUACAGAGUCGGUCCGGAACUAGAAAUCUCAAGUUAUGGAUGUGAAGAUCAUUUUCAUGAGUUGGAUACAUAUACUCAUUCAUGGCAGUGUAUUGCGAAGAUUUUAGCAGAGACAAAUGUGAACCCUGAAAUGCAAGAUAUUGUAUGUGAUAUUGGGAUGCCCGUUUUACAUGGAGGUGUAGCUUAUAACUGUAGAAUUGUGUUAUUGAAUGGAAAUGUUUUACUGAUACGACCAAAAUUAGUACUUGCUGAUGAAGGUUUGCACAGAGAAUCUCGUUGGUUCACCCUUGGCCACAUCAUCAAUGCAUAG